CGUUGAGCCUGCUGGCUUGGAGCCUGGGGCAAGAGCCCCAAGCUGUCCCCAGAAGGGCAUACUUCAGCCCUCAGACAGCUCAGAGCUGGUGCCCAGGUUAUAUUUUCACAGAUAUGGUUCCAGUUCGGGCUUGGAAUGGAAUUCCUAUGUGACAGGAGAUGGGCUUCUGGAAAAUACAAACUAAGGAACUAUGGAGUGCAUCGCUGUGCUAUGACUUUCCAAUGAAUCCAGGGAGGCUGUAGGGGCUUUGACAGAUGGACAAGAGGGAUGUCUAGGGAGGCCUUUGCCCACAGAGGUGAAGUUCCCAGGGCUUGUUAGCACCCGUGCGUCUGGUAGAGUAAGAAUCUGACCAGUCACAUCCUCUGCCUUCUCCUACCUUUUCAGCCCUCCCUUCUAUCUCUAAUUCACUUCCAGCUCAGUCUUCCCUCAAAUCCAUGCCUUAGCCCCAGAGAAAAUCCCUUUAUGCUCUUCACCCAGACGGUUUGCUCCCCCUUCUUUCAUUUAGAUCACUUUCAGGGAGGCCUUUCUGGACUCACAUCUAAAGAUAGCUCUUUCUCCCUAAAUUCUUUUCUAAUAUCUAAUCCUCCACCUUUUUAUAGUCACCUUUAUUACCAGAAUCAUAUUAUAUGUUUGCUUAUUUUCUGUCUCCCACACUGGAACCAGAGCUUUGCACUCAGUUACACUACUUAAAAUAGUGCUGUGUAUGGUAGAAGCUUGGUCAAUAUGUCAGAAACCAUCUGCCUUGUCCUUUCCAAACUCCUGCGCAGGGUUUGUUCAGCCUUGAAUUUGAGAAUGGGUUAGAGAGACAAACACUUGAAGUUUGUUCACACAUUUGUUCAUUCAACAACAACUCAUUGAGAAGCUUUUUGCUCUGGUUACUGGGGAGCUGGAGAGCAAUCAGUCAUAGUGACAGGAGGGAAGCCUUGCCAAACACUGAAAUCAAAGAAGUGGAGGAGCAGGGUAGAGGAGGCAGAAGUGGAGAAGAAACCAUCAAGAUAUGGAGCAGGAAGAGGAAUAUGAUGACUUCUCUCUUCUGAACAUAGCCUUCUGAAAACACAGCAGUGAGUUGCAGGCUGUACAGGAAUGCCUGCAGCAAUUCAAGGUGACAAAGAUACAGCUGCAGCAGAUCCAAGCCAGCCUUCUGGGCUCCAUGGAGCAGGCCCUGAUGAGAGAGGCCAGCCUUGCCCCUGGUGUCCGGAUGCUGCCUACAUAUGUGGGGUCUACCCCACAUGGCAAUGAGCAAGGAAACUUUGUGGUGCUGGAGCUGGGGGCUUCAGGAGCAUCACUGCGUAUCUUGUGGGUGACUCUGACGGGCAUCAAGGGGCAGAGGGUGGAGCCCAAGAGCCAGGAGUUUGUGAUCCCCCAGGAGGUGGUACAGGGCACUGGUCAGCAGCUCUUCGACUUUGCUGCUCGCUGCCUGGUUGAGUUCCUGGAUGCACAUUCUGUGGGAAAUCAGGGUCUGCAGCUUGGGUUCAGCUUCUCCUUCCCUUGUCACCAGACAGGCCUGGACAGGAGCACCCUCAUUUCCUGGACCAAAGGUUUUAGGUGCAGUGGUGUAGAAGGCCAGGAUGUGGUCCAGCUGCUGAGAGAUGCCAUUCAGAGGCAGGGGGCCUACAGCAUUGACGUGGUUGCUGUGGUGAAUGAUACAGUGGGCACGAUGAUGGACUGCGAGCCAGGUGUUGGGCCAUGUGAAAUUGGCCUUGUUGUAGACACUGGCACCAACGCAUGUUACAUGGAGGAGGCACGGCAUGUGGCAGUGCUGGACGAGGACCGGGGCCGCACCUGCGUCAGCAUUGAAUGGGGCUCCUUCAGUGAUGAUAAGGCCCUGGGCCCAGUGCUGACCGCCUUUGAUCAUGCCCUGGACCAGGCGUCCCUGAAUCCUGGUGCCCAGAGGUUUGAGAAGAUGAUUGGGGGCUUGUACUUGGGGGAACUGGUGCGGCUGGUGCUGGUCCACUUGGCCCAGAACAGGGUCUUGUUUGGUGGCUACACUUCUCCUGCUUUGCUGAGCCAAGGCAGCAUCCUCCUGGAACAUGUGACUGAGAUGGAGGACCCCUCUACUGGGGUAGUCUGUGUCCACACAGUCCUACAGGACUUGGGCCUGAACCCGGAGGCCUCUGAUGCUGAGCUCGUGCAGCGUGUCUGUGUAGCUGUAUGCUCACGGGCUGCCCAGCUCUGCGCUGCUGCCCUGGCCGCCGUCCUGUCCCACCUCCAGCGCAGCCGGGAACAGCAGACUCUCCAGGUCGCUGUGGCCACUGGAGGCCGAGUGCUUGAGCGGCACCCCAGGUUCCACAGCAUCCUACAGGAGACGGUGAAGCUCUUGGCCUCAGAAUGUGAUGUCUCCUUUAUCCCUUCUGUGGAUGGAGGUGGCCGGGGUGUGGCAAUGGUGACAGCUGUGGCUGCCCGCCUGGCCAAGCACCGACGUCUGCUGGAGGAGACCCUAGCACCAUUCCGGUUGAGCCGUGAGCAGCUGGAAGCAGUGCAGACACAGAUGCGGGAGGCCAUGGCCAAGGGGCUGCAAAGGGAGCCUUCCUCUCUCCGAAUGCUGCCCACAUAUGUACGGGCCACACCUGAUGGCAGUGAACGAGGGGACUUCCUGGCUUUGGACCUUGGCGGCACCAACUUUCGGGUCCUCCUGGUGCGUGUGGCUGAAGGAGGUGUGCAGAUCAUCAACCAGGUCUACUCCAUCCCUGAGUGUGUGGCUCAGGGAUCUGGGCAGCAGCUUUUCGACCACAUCGUGGACUGCAUCGUAGACUUCCAGCAGAAGCAGGGCCUGAGGGGACAGAGCCUCCCCUUGGGUUUCACCUUUUCCUUUCCAUGCAAGCAGCUUGGCCUGGACCAGGGCAUCCUCCUGAACUGGACUAAGGGUUUCAAUGCAUCAGGCUGUGAGGGCCAAGACGUAGUGCAUCUGUUGCGGGAAGCCAUCAGGCGUAGACAGGCAGUGGAGCUGAAUGUGGUUGCCAUUGUCAACGACACAGUGGGGACCAUGAUGUCCUGUGGCUAUGAGGAUCCCCGGUGUGAGAUGGGCCUCAUUGUUGGAACUGGCACCAAUGCUUGCUACAUGGAGGAGCUCCGGAAUGUGGCAGGUGUGGCCGGGGACUCAGGCCACAUGUGCAUCAACAUGGAGUGGGGUGCCUUUGGGGAUGAUGGCUCUUUGGGCAUGCUCAGCACCUGUUUUGAUGUGAGGGUGGACCAGGCAUCCAUCAAUCCUGGCAAGCAGAGGUUUGAGAAGAUGAUCAGUGGCAUGUACCUAGGGGAGAUCGUCCGCCACAUCCUCUUACAUUUGACUAGCCUUGGUGUUCUCUUCCGGGGCCAGCAGACCCAGCGUCUUCAGACCAGGGACAUCUUCAAGACCAAGUUUCUCUCUGAGAUUGAAAGCGACAGCCUGGCCCUGCGGCAGGUCCGAGCCAUCCUGGAGGAUCUGGGGCUGCCCCUGACCUCAGACGAUGCCCUGAUAGUCCUAGAGGUGUGCCAGGCUGUGUCCCGGCGGGCUGCCCAACUCUGUGGGGCAGGUGUGGCUGCUGUUGUGGAGAAGAUCCGGGAGAACCGGGGCCUGGAGGAGCUGACAGUGUCUGUGGGGGUGGAUGGGACCCUCUACAAGGUGCAUCCUCACUUUGCCAGUCUUGUGGCUGCCACAGUACGGGAGCUGGCCCCUCGCUGUGUGGUCACCUUCUUGCAGUCAGAAGACGGGUCUGGCAAAGGUGCGGCUUUGGUCACUGCUGUCGCCUGUCGCCUUGCUCAGAUGGCCCGUGUCUGAGGAAAUCUCCAGGAACCACAGUAAUUCAGCCCCAGCCUUGCUGGACCAGGGCUGGGCCCAGAUACCAGGACUCUCAGAACAGCCUGUAUGUGACCCCCUGUGGCCAUCUGCCCUCACCCCAUUGGUUUCCCCAAGAAAGUAGCACACAGGUUAGCAAUAUAUAUAUAUAAUUUAUUUA